AUGGAGCACUCGGUAUCCAGUCGCUCUCCCAGUGGGCAGUGGUACCCGCAGCAGCAGCAGUGGAGCCCCGCGUCAGGCACAGCAACACCGAUGGUGAUGAUGGGCGGCGGCCAGCCCGCAACGGUACCCGUCAGCGCUGGUUCUGCCAUGGUGGGCAACUCAGGCAUAUUCAUCAACGGCCAGGCGAACGUUGGUGGGCAGCCGCGCCCCAGCAUGACACCACAGCAGCAGAUGAUGAUGAUGCAAAGCAUGUACACACCGCAGAGCCAGUGCUGUGCCCCCUGCUGUGGCACGCAAGAGAGCAGCCUCUGCCCGCAGCCUGGCGAGCCGGUCAAUCCAUUUUGCUGCACCCCAAGAAGACCGGAUCAGGAGCCGAAGUGGUGGGAGAGUGUCUACCGGUACUUUGACUGGACCUUCCUCCUCGCGUGCGUCAUAUGCGUGCUCACGAUCGUGGGCUUUGCGUUGGUGAUAGCGACCAGGCGACAGGACAACCUUUUUGCCGUCUUCGACGUGCAUAACACAAGUGCCCUGGAGAAAGCCAUGCAGCCUUUUAUCCCUUGGAUAAAUGUGAGCGUAGCCCCACCGAUUGUCGACAGAGGCGGCAGUAUAAACAAUUUCGCCAAGGGCAGCUUCUCGGGCUCCUUGAAGGCAGCUGAGAGGACCCGCUUUAUCGCAGCAGAGCACGACAUUGUAGCCGCCGCGCCGUUGGGGCCAGUAAAGAACCCUGACCUCACCAAAUUGUCCCUAGCGCCGAAGUGCACGCAGCGCAAGCUGCUCGGCAGCUUUGGGGUGAUAUGCAUGGAGGACAACCUGCACGCCAACACGCUCGUUGUGCAGCUCAGCUACUGGAGCAACUCGCGCGACACGCUGUGGAUCCUGGCGAUGGUAUACAGCAUUCUAACAGUGUUGUAUGCUGUACUGACCAACGUGCACCGGCAUUCGUCGCCCGCCGGGACGGGUGACCCGCACGGGUCUUCUUCCACGCUGCCGACCAUCACCCCACAGCAGCAAGAGGAGUUUGUGAAGAUGACGCCACAGCAACAGCAGGCCUUCAUCCAGGAAUUCCAGCAGCACGUGGCGGUGAUGCAACAGCAGCAGCAACCUAACGCCGCAUUCCUGCCACACAACUCGCCGAAAGGCGGCUGCUGCGGCACCGACAGCGGCAUCGAGUUCUACGAGACGCCCUUCUACGAGUUUGUCCGCAUGGCGUGGUUUGCCUCGGGAAUCACGGCUUUUGCCUGGACGUGUAACCUCUUCAUCUCCUUCUGGUCCUUCGACCAGUUUUACAUUCGCGAAACCACAGGCCCACUACGCACCUUCUGGGUGAUUUACUCGCGCAGGAUGAAUGCCACCCUCAUCGUCGUGACCAUCUUCCUCGCGUGGCCGCUCUGCAACUUUGUGCUUGAACUGGUGAUGUUGGUGGCCCUCGUGCUUCCCUGGCUGGUCAUUCGCUCCACCUGCAAGCGAGGAAUUCAGAUGUAUCGCCCAGCCCUGCCGCUCUCGAAGAUGCCAGGCUACAUUCGGGCAGACAUGUUCUUCAUGGACUUCCAGGAUGUCAAGCGACUUGGCUUCUCACGGAUGGCGUGGAUGAUGCUGACCGACACCGAUAAACCCUUCUUCGAGGGCUGCGAGGACCCCACAGUGGACAAGGAUCCGGCUAUGACACAGCUCAUGCAGCAGCGCAUACAGUGGAGCCAAAUGAUGGUCUCCAUGGUGCCUCCCUGGGUGCAGCAGCAGCAGCAGCAGAUGGGCAUGAUGGGUGUCGGUGGUGCGGGCAUGAUGCAGUUGGGGCAGUCGACACCAUGGCAACGGCAGCUUGACGUCAACGCACAGACAACCCUACCGGGCAACGCGCCGCUGCAGUCACCGGCGCAGUACCCCGUCGAGGAUGCCGAGGGCAGGUCUCACAAACGACGACGCCAUCGCAGUACGCGCGAUCACCGACACGGCGACCCGCUGGCGGUGACGCCGAUGGAGACGUCAGUGGGACUCGCUGCGAGCGGCAAGGAGAACUCGACCCGUCACCGUCACCGUCGCCACAGCCACAGUCGCAGCCGAAGCCGAAGUCGCAGUCACAGCCGCAGUAAGGGUGCCUUCGACGGGGGCCUACCGCAGCCCCCAGGCACGGACGCUGCUGUGAGCAACGGCGCCAUGGUCCCCGCUGAUGGGGUGUCCCGGCAUCAUUAUCAUCAUCAUCGUCACAGCCGCAGUCGAAGCAGGGCUGCCGGCGAGGACGCGAGUACGAUGGCGGUUGCCGUGCCCCGCGGCACAGGUGACGCAGGACAAAACGGCGGCGCGUCGGCAGCGGCUGAGUUAGACGCUCUCAUGCAGCUUUAG